AUGGCGACCAUCCAACGUUUUCCUUUACCUGUGAGUUUUUUUCUUAAAUAAAAUUUUAUAAUUUUCACUUUCUCUUUUUUUGGGAAGAAAAACAGUGUGCGUCUCACCCUGAACUGCAAGAAAUAAUUUCUUUUUGUUCCAAAUGAAACUACUCAGUUUUCAUUAUUUUUUUUCAGACCCUGCCCUUCGGCAGAAACCUCGAUCAUGGUCUUCCAGUAGGCUCGAAAGUGGAAAUUAGCGCCAAAGCUUAUCCUGAUCAAAUCAAGUAAGCCAUAAUGAAAAUUGUGAGAAAAGGGAAAAAAAUAAAAAAAUUUUUUUAAUUUUUUUAUAAAAAAAGCAAUGAUCGAUUAACAUAAAGAAACACGGACACGUGAUCAUUUCGUCUUUUUAUGACUCACAGAGCACCGUCUAAACAAAGAGAAAUAGAGAUCGUGUAAGGAAGGAUGGAAUCAAAUUUUAUUUCGUGAAAAGGUAUUUUUAUGGUGAAUUUUUGGAGAAAUUAGUAACUUUGAGAAAUGCGGAUCAAGAAAAACUUGGAAAAAUUUUGAGAAAAGUUCGUAAAAAUGACGAAGAAUUCAGGACAGCGGUGCUGAGGUUGAAGACGCAGCAGAACGACGAAGCGCUGCGUCUCGUGCUGCCGUUUCAACCAGAUGCCAAGGUUUGCGGGUAUAAAAAUUUGCGAGAAAAAGCCGCCGAUGGCGGCCGGAUGAGAGCAGCUGAGGCGAAUGGCCACGCGCCAUUCAUACAACCCAAUUUGGACCUAACGAGCUGCCUGAAACAAGCGUUGGCAUCGUUCCAAGGCCGUUCGGAGGCUCCAUCCAUCUCCGAUGUUGCCGUUUUAGAGGAUGACUCACGUCUCUCGAGACGCGCAAAACUAUACUUUUUCAUUUCGAAAGAGAACAAUAGAAUAUUUCAAAUGUUACCAUGAAGUAUAUAGAAGAAGGAACGCCAUUCUUGAAUUUCUCGGGAAAAAUAUUCACAUUCUCAGGGUGUUCAGCCCUUCCUUUCAUUUUUUGUAUCUUGUUACUCGUAAAAAAUAAUCGAAUCGAAAUUGAAAACCAAAAUGAAAAGAAAUUUUAAUUUUAUGUCCAAAAAAAUCCUUUUUUUUUUUUGAAAAGUUUGUAGAUGAUCUCAAAGAGGGACUACUUAUUCAAAAAACUGCUUGAUUUGCAUUUUUUUUUCUAAAUAAAAUGAUCAAAUAUUCAAAAAAACAAGAAAACUUUUGGCGAAGAAAAGUCCUUCAAAAACUUGGCAGCGAUGUCAAGGUCUGAUGGAUUGUUGAAGCGAGAAAAUUCUAAAUCGUUUCACGAUUUUUUGCACGAUGAAUCGCUUUCGGAGGAAUCCAUUAGCAAUAAAACAAAGCGUAAAAAUGAAAAAAAAAAACGAAGCAACUUCCGAUAACAAAACAAGAAGAAACUGUGAUUUUUCGAGGAUGGUCAAAAAUUCAAGAGAAGAAAGUAAAUUCAGAUGCGAAUGGACUGCGUGAUCGGUGGGACGACGUCGAGUGCGGUGGAGAAUCCUGUCCGAAUCGCCAUCGGAGCUCCUUUCAAGCUGCAGUUGCUCUGUCGGCCUCACUCUUUCGAGGUUGUGCACUUUCUCGUUGGGAAAAGGAAAACAGUUGCACACAAAUGUACAGAAACUGACAUAUGACUUCUGAAUUUCAUCAAUAAGGCAUCUUUUUCCAGACUCACUAGAGGCUCUAAUUCAUGGAAAAUUUGUUCAGAUACUACUCGACGGCACUCACAUUGCUGACUUUGUCCACAGAACAAAUCCAGAAGAUAUCAAAGAAGUUAUUUAUUUCCUCCAAAUAUUUCUUAUUCGUUGAUUUUAGAUUAGCAUUGGAGGACCUUUGAUCUGUGAAAAUGUCGUCGUGGAAGCUGGUGAGUCAGCUUAUAUUUCUUUUUUUCAUCAAAAAUUUGAAGAUUUGCAUUUUUCCAAUUAGUUUCUUUUUCAGCAAGUGGUCCACCGACUUAUUAUCAAGCUAUUGGAGGCUCUUCCGCUUCAGGUGCUUUUUUUCCACACUUUAAUGAUAAUUAUGGGAUUCUAGCCCCGGAGCUUCCUCAAAAGCCAAAAGAAGUUCCUACGAAGCCGUCAGGACCUGCCGACGAAGAUUUCCCGCCGCCGCCAACUUCUAUUGGGGUAUAUUUUUUUUAAAUUUUGUGUAGAAAUCAAGUUAUUUGCAUGGAAAUUAAGAAGAUUGAAUUUAUUAGGGACUGAUGAAAAAUAAUUUAGAAUCGUCCAGCUGCCGGCUCGACCACCACAAGCACUCUUUACACUGGCAGUUCGCAGGUAUUUUUUUCAUUUUGAUAAUGAAUUUGGAAAAAUUGAAGAAAGAAAACUCAUCUGUUAUUUUAACUACACGUUCCAGAAAAAAUUACUGCUUCUUCUUGUUUUAAGUUUCCCUUUACUUGAUAACGUAAAAAUGAAGGAAAAAAGUGGUAACAGACACAUUUUAUGCGGCUUUUCCAUAUAAAUAGGCUAGUUCAAGUUAUUUUUUUUUGAAUUUAAUUCCUAGCCAAAACUUGAAAGCUCACCACCUUUCAAAAUGUUUGCAGGGCUUCUCCAACCAUCCAUAUCCACUGCCAGGCCUCGUCGACCAAUCCACAUACUCCUCCCAACAGCACCAACCAGGAUCUCUACCGCCUAGACCAACAGUGCAGCCACCAGCACCUCCUCCAGCUCAGACUCGCGUCCAACCGACGCAGCCGACCCAAUCCAGCUUCGCGCCGCCUCCUCCAGAUCCAAGCAGGACGACUAUCGUUCCUUAUCCAACUUCCGACUCGGCGUCCUAUCCGAAGCCUCAACCGCCACCUCAAAGCUCAAUCUCCCUCUCAACUCCUGGCCGAAACGUGAGUUCCUUGAAUCACUAUCAGUAAAACUACAUGGAUGAAAAUUUAAAAAAAAAAUUAAUUUUUAAUCAUACGUUAUCUCUUUUCAAAUUUUAAGAAACUUUGGAUCGAACUUGAAGAAAACGACUUUCUAAAUACUCUGCAAACUAUUUAAAAGCUCGUCUAAUAGCUUGAAACUAUACUGUAUUUCAUUUAUCUCCACUAUCUACUUCUACGGGAUUUGCAAACUGACCUGUUUUUUGUUCGUAGUUUUUGUUUGUUCUCGAAACUUCCUUCUCUUCAAUUUCUUCAAUUUUUUCAGGAUUACUCGAACUAUCCGCCACCAACAUCGACGGCUUAUCCUCAACAUCCAGGAGGCUACGGUCCACCUCAAAUUCCGGCUCAAAUCCCACAGCCACAGUUUCAACAACAGCUUCCUCAGACGUACCUUCCAUACAAUCCUCAGGUACUUAUUUCGUUCAAAACAUCAUUUUUACCGAUUUUUCGCAGGUUCAGAUGCCGAUAGUUCAGCCAACUCUGGUUGCCGCACAGCCUGCUGCUGCCUAUCCUUAUGGUAUACUAAUUUUUCUCAUUUUCAAUUUCACUUCAAGUUUUUCAGCUUACCAGCCGGCAUACUACUACCCUCCAAACGUCUACGAAUACUAUCCAGGGGUUGGAAAAUUUCCAUCAAGAUUCAAAAAUUUACGUUUUCCUUUCAGUACCACUACCGCCAUCAUCAUCACCACCAUUGCGAUUAA